GGCACGACCCUGGUGUGGCCUGGCUAUGCGGCGCCGCGGAGCACGCGAUGCGAGUGCGCGGCGCGUCCUGAGCAGAGGGCAAGCUUGCAGGCCGCGCCCCGCCCCCACCCCCCGCAUGCUGCGGGCGAGCACGGUGGGGCCGGCAGACAAAAAACACAGCCGCGGCACACGGGCGAGGGGGAGGAGCAGGAGGAGAAGCAGGAGGAGGAGGUCGGGGGAGGAAAGGGGGGAUGGAGGGAGGAGAGAGAUCACCGCGCGGUCUGUCACCACACGCGUAGACCCCUCCUGGCCUCGCCAAGGACGCCGUCCUAGGGUUCAGGAUGGCCAGGAUGGCCCUUGCCAGGGACGGUGGUGGUGUGUGAGCCGCCGUCUGCGGAUCUGCACUGGCAGGGCGCCUGCGUGCACUGGCAAAAGCCCCCCCCAAACAAACGCGCGAUCGGUACCGUUACCCAGCGGUGGGGGCUCAACCCGGGCAACGACCGUUACGCGCGGGAGGAUAAGUACUCCGACGAG